UUUGUGUGUGUGUGCGUGUAGGAAAAUGAGCGCGUCUGCCUGUAGGCUAUUUAAGUGCACGACUUAAGGUGUGUGUGUGUGUGUGUGUGUGUGUGUGUGUGUGUGUGUGUGUGUGUGUGUGUGUGCAGGUCUGAAAGAGAGAAAGUGUGUGUGUUUGCGCGUGAGAGAGAGUGGUUUAAAAAAGGGGGUGUGUUUAUGGGAAAUAGAGAUUCUGUGUGUGUGUGUGUGUGUGUGUGUGUGUGUGUGUGUGUGUGUGUGUGUGUGUGUGUGUGUUUACACAGACGGGAAUACUGCGCCAAAGGAAGUGCGCCGGUUCUCCGUCUGCGCGUCCCGACUUCCUGCUCUGAGGAGAGAGAAAAGCUGCGGAUCCGCUUUCAGACAGCAGCAGCAGCAGCAUGGAACCUCAACACAACACACUCACCCCGUUUUAAGACAGAAACACACACACACAUCACGCGGGGCAGACGGACAGAGGAGCAGCGGCCAUCCACAGCAGGAGGGAAGGCCUUCUCCAGGAAGACGCCCCUGAAGCUGAAUGACAGGAAGUCCUCGUUAAGACAGACAGACAGCACUACAGUUCUUCCAUCAAUUAACACACACACCCUUGCAGGAAAAGGGAAGCGAGGAUACUCGUUUGUGUGUGCGUUUGUGGUGAUCGCCUGUGUCUCUGGUGUCAUCCCGUCAUGGAGAGUUCCAUCACACUCUGGCAGUUCCUGCUGCAGCUGCUGCUCGACCAAAACCACAAACAUCUCAUCUGCUGGACGUCCAAUGAUGGCGAGUUUAAGCUGCUUAAAUCUGAGGAAGUGGCCAAGCUGUGGGGGCUGCGCAAGAACAAAACCAACAUGAACUAUGACAAAUUGAGCAGAGCCCUGCGCUACUACUAUGACAAAAACAUCAUCAAGAAGGUGAUUGGCCAGAAGUUUGUCUACAAGUUUGUGUCGUUUCCUGAGAUUCUGAAGAUGGACCCUGCGAUGGUGGAGUCUGGCCGCAACAGCGAGGAAAGUGGGGGUGUGACGUCAGAGCCUGAACCUGAAGACGAGGAUGGGGGUGGGAGAAACCAAUACCUCCACUCCGGCCUGUACUCCUCCUUCACUGUCAGCUCCCUGCAACACUCCCUAGAACCACCCCAGCCGAUCAAGAUGGAGCCCAGAUCUGAUCGCCAUGACGACAGCUCCUCUGUCAUCCGAUUCAUAACCAACCGCGGCCACUCCUCCCUACCAUCCACCCCACCCCCAUCCUCGAAUGAGACCUUCCAUUCCUCCAGGCCAUCUUCUCAGCAGGCCUGCUCUUCCUCGUGCUCCUCCUCCCCGCCACAAAGCCCCGCCCACACACUGUGGAGGGGGCGGAGCCAGAGCACAGAGACUGGCGAGUUAGAGCAAAGCGCUCAACCUCUAAACCUGUCAUCUGGUCAGAGGGAGAGAGUGAGGUCAAAGAGCACGACGACGCCAGAGAGGAGGGGAUUGGCCAACAGUGUGCCUUUGAAAAGCAGGAAACCCAAAGGUUUGGAAAUCUCUGCCUCCUCUCUCCUCCUGACAGGAAGUGACCUCGUCUCCAUUGCUCUCAACAGCCCGGCGCUGCCUUCAGGGUCCCUGACCCCUGCGUUCCUCACCGCACAGACUCCGUCUGGUCUGCUGCUCACUCCCAGUCCUCUGCUCUCCAAUAUCCAAUUCUGGUCCAGCCUGAGUCCAGUGGGACCCCUCAGCCCUGCCCGGCUGCAGAGCCACGCCCCCCUCUUUCAGUUCCCCACACUGCUGAAUGGACCCAUCCCUGUGCCUUUACCCAUGGUGGACGCUCCCUCUCCUCUCCUGCUCUCCUCCAGCUCCCACAAGUCCUGAUACCAGCUCGACCUCCAAGAGCGAACUGGGCCAAACCAGGCCGAGCUAGGCCACAUCAGCACAGAUAAGGACCAAGCCAAUCAGCCUUAAACUCUGAUGAUGAACCACACAGAAGUCUGACUUUCUUGGAGUGAAAUUACACUUUCAUCUGAAACCUGUUCCUUUGCAUUUAUCAUAUGAAGAAACAGGAGCUUCACUUUGAAGCAUUGCUCUCUGAGUAGAGCAUUUGCAUUAGACAUUUCAUUGUGUGUUCACUAAAGGUCAACUGCUCAUGUUCUUUAUAUCUGUGUUUGGUGUUUUCUUAUUUUCAGGAUGUAAAAUCAGUCACAUUUCUCAUUUCAGUUUAAAUCUCAUCUCAUUCCAUUGAUACAGACUGGUUGCCAUUUCAUGAAUGUUAUUUCUACCCCCCACUGCCCUGACUAAUGUCAAUAUCCACACCACUGACUCAAACAAUGUAGAUCUUGGGAAGUCCUUGUCUAUAAUUAUGAUAGAUAAGAUAACAAGACCUUGCUGAGCCAAAAGGCUUUAUAUUUGUAAUCUAGAAGAUAUUUCACUUAAUAGACUUAAGUACAGCUUCUAAAUAAAUAAAUCUUCUUCAUGCUUACAUACAAAUGAAGGAAAUAUACUUAUUUGCUCUCUUACAGAGAGUUGGUGUUAGAUGAGAAGAUUGAUAUCACUCUCUUGUCUGUAAGCUUAAUAGAAGUUGCAGCCACGGGACAAUUAGCUUAUCUUAGCAUAAAGACUGGAAAUGGAGAAACAGCUUGCCUUGCUCUGUCUGAUGGGGACAAAAUCUAAAAACUAGCAACUAAAAUCUCAAUAAUGAACACAUUAUCUGUGUGAAAACUGAAGUGUAAAAACGACAAUUUGUAGUUAUACAAAAACUCUGUAAAUCCACAUUGUCUAGUAUUUACACUUUGUUUUUUGAAUGGAAUACACAACAAUAUAAUGUUUUUUAGUGUCUAAUAACAGUUUCAAAACAGUUUCUGACUAUGACUUUCCACAUUGUUCUGUGUAACAAACCAUCUGGCGUACUCAGGAUACCAAGCUGCUGGCUGUAACUUCAUAUUUGACUCACAAAAAUAAAGUGGUAUCAAUCUUCUCAUCUUAGUCUCUGCAAGAAAAUGUACAAAAUGUACAAAUGUGAACAAUUUAUUGUGAGAUCAUUGGCUGCGUUUCAUUAAUCAACCCAAUUGUGUAAUUUGGUUGAUGGGAAAUGUAUGAUGAGGGACACAUGGCUCUCUCAGGAUAAUAUUUAGAUUUUUUAAAAUAGUUGAUAUACAUUAUUAAAGAACUAGAUUGUUUGAGCGAGCAGUGUGGCCAUGUGAGGUGAAUCUUUCAUUGACUCCUAGCAGAGCACCUGCUAGCCAGCACGCUAAAAUUAUGCAUAAGUCUUCAUUUUGUCCCAUUUUGCUUUUACUGUGAAUGUUUUUUUAAAAUCUCUGUAUAGUUUCAUGCUUUUUUUUUUAAUGCACUGUACCUUUAAGCCUUGUACCAGCUGUGCCUUCAAUAAGACUUGUGUAAAUGUAUUAAGCUUUAAAGUCAGUUUUAAUAGACAUUCCAGGUCAAAAUUGCACAAAAGUUUUUUUUGUAAAAUGGUUCCUGGUUAUUUUUAUAGAGAUAUUAAUGGAAAUGUAUUCUCAGUGAUUGCUUGUGUUUUGCUGUUUUGUUGAAAGAACCGUUACUGUUUUUUGGAAUAAAAUGAAUUACUUUUCAGAA